AUGGCAACGACAUCGACAGCAAUGACGGCAAUGCCGGCAACGGCCACUCGCCCGGGGACUAAUUCAGGCUGGCCGCAGCGGGUGCUGCCGCCUGACAUCACUCUCCUUGGCCCUAAGGAAGGACCUGUCGGCGCUGAAACAUCCAAGUUUGAGCUUGGUGAUGAAGGCAUGCGGUAUGUCCAAAAGAGCCUCGACUUCGCUAUUGUCAAGCUGGCGAAGUAUAUUGAUUUGAUGGAGGAGAACCCGGUUUAUUGGGCGGCCCUUAUACUGCAUCCUGCUUACAAGACCAAGUGGUUGACUGAAUACUUGGAACCGGACCGGGUAGCGAGUAUUAAGAUCGAAUUCAGGGUGUUUUACCAAAAAGAGUAUGGAUCUGUCGACGUCGAGCUGCCCAAUCAACCUGCUCAGUCACCGGCUCAGUCGCCAGGCCAGUCCUCGGCUCAGUUAGUUGCCCAGCUGCUUGCCGAACAACGUUGA